GUCAGAAAGAAAUUACAAAUUCAUUCGGUGUUCAAGUGUCUAACAUUCCACUUCUUACUUACAUUUUAGCAAAAUGAAGCUGAUCGCCCCCAUCACCGCUGCUCUCAUCGCCGCCGCAUCAGCAGGCCAGGUCUUCACGGGCCACUCCUCAGAACACUAUGCUCAAUCAGCUGAGCAAUACCAGUCAGGGUUGGAACACCAGCAGCUGGGACUUUACUCUGAGGCUCCAGCUCCUCAGGCCUACUCCGGCCAUGAGGCUUCGUACUCCGCCAGGCCUGCUGGAGAGAAGACUGCUAAGAUUCUGAGUUAUAACGCGGAGAAUAAUGGACACCAGUACAAGUAUAAUUAUGAGACUGAUAAUGGAAUUAAAGCCGAGGAAGCCGGCCAAACCUCAGAGCACGGCACAGUCUCCCACGGCGCGUACUCCUACAAGGGUGAUGAUGGCCAGACCUACACCGUGACCUACACUGCUGAUGAGCAUGGCUUCCAUCCCCAGGGAGCUCACCUCCCCACCCCUCCUCCCAUCCCUGAGGAGAUCCAGAAGAGCUUGGAGCAGAAUGCCAAGGAUGAAGCCGCUGGUGUUUUUGAUGAUGGUAAAUACAAAGAACAAUCCGGUCACAAAUCGGCUGAAGGUUACCAGCAGUACGACGCCAGUUACCAGUCCCUCGGCUACCAGGCUCCAUCCAGCCACAGCUCCGGCGCUGAACUGUCCUACCAGAUUCCCUCAGGACACGCUUCUGGCGCUGACUUGGCUUACCAUGCUCAAUUGAGCCAGGCUCUCUCAGGCCACUCUGGUGCUCAACUUUCCUACCAGGCUCCUUCUAGUCACGGCUCCAACGCUCAGUUGUACCAAGCUCAAUCAGCUCACUCAUCCAACGUUCAAUUAGCUUACCACGCUCCAUCAGGUCUUGGCUCUAGCGCUCAACUGUCAUCUCACGCUCCUCAAGGAUUUUCUUUAAGCGGUUUCGUUCCUUCAGGGCACUCUUCUAAUGCUCAAUUGUCUUACAACCCUCACUCGGGUCACGCCUAUUCGGGUCAUGCUUUGGGUGCCGAGUUGGCUUACCGGGGUCAUCAUUAAAUAGUGUGGGUUGAACAGUGCAAUUAUAGUGAAUGUUAGAAUGUGUGUGUGUCUGUUAAAGUGCAAUAAAAUUAAAUGUUUUUUUUCUGAAUACUUACGACUGUACCUGAAUGUUAUAUUGGUUGAAAGAUUAUUGAAUAUUUUUUGUGGAAAACUAGGAUUUGACAAGUUUUAAAAUUGUUAUACAAUCAUAUAUGACCGUACAAGAGAUGGCAUAAGAGAGCAAUUUAUUACUAUAUCAUGAUAAGGAUCGAUAUAAAAAACUGUAGUGUCACGUAGUCAAAUAUACCGCAAGAAUCAUCAAACGUCAAUCAAUCUGUCAAAAAGGCGGCUUGACACAUGCCGCUGUCAAUAAAGUCAUAAUCUUUCAAUUGACCUGUCAGAUUACAUAAAUUGAUAUAGCAAUACACAUUGACGAAUUUCUUACUACUUUUUUAGAAUGUAUCAAAUAAAACUUACGUUGUAUAUGAUCCAAACUACGCACAUAUUUCUAAAUAGCUGAAGUAAUAGGAUUUGCAAUUUUAUGUCAGAGCUUUUUGUAUUAUUAAAUGGCUGGCUAUCCAUGACCAAUGUUUAAAUCCUAGUAAUAGUCAAUUUAAUGGGUUUAGGAAUCCGAUGUCUAAAUUAUAUUGUUAUGUUUUUGUUUUAUUGUGAAAUAAAUGUUUUCUAUUGAUAUUUUA